AUGGCGAUGUCCGCCGGUAAGAAGUGUAUUGAAGAGGAGGCUGCCUGCACGGAUUUGGGCAAGCAGGGUCUUGUGGAACUCAAAAAGAUAUUCAAUCCACCUUUAUCCAUGAGUUUGUGUGAUUUUUUUCCGGCGUUGAAAUGGAUUGGUUACAAAGGGUUUGAGAAGAGAGUGAUCAAGUUGCGUAAAGAGAGGGAUGAUUUUUUGCAACACUUGGUAGAUGAGAUUCGACAAAAGAGAACCUGCAGUUCAUUUUCAAGUCCUGAUGCAGGAGUGGAGAAUACAACCCAUUUAUCUUUGGCUGAUUGGAUUCUUCAUGUUAUACAGCGUUGGAGAAAAUGCCCAUCUUUCGUAUUCAUGGUGAAAGCAAGAACCCGCGUUGACAAUGACCCUCAAGACCACUUACAUUUUGAAUUUUGGUUUGUUGCUGCUAAACUCAAAGUAACCACUCGCUGUAGCAUGACAGGAUCAAUGAUCCCAGACACCGACCUUGUUCUGAGUAACCAUUUUGACAAUUAUGAGGAGGUCGAACUUCUAUAA